AUGCAUAUCAAAAAGAUCGUGAUCCAAGGUUUCAAGACGUUCAAGAACACCACAGUCAUUGAUAACCUCUCACCAAGUCAUAAUGUUGUUGUUGGUCGUAAUGGUUCUGGUAAAUCAAAUUUCUUUGCCGCUAUUAGAUUUGUAUUAAGUGAUCAAUAUACUAGAAUGUCCAAAGAGGAAAGACAAGGUUUGAUUCAUGAAGGUUCCGGUACAGUGCUUUCUGCUUAUGUUGAAAUUGUUUUUGAUAAUUCUGAAGGAAGAUUCCCUACGGGGAAAGAUGAAGUUGUUAUUAGAAGAACAAUUGGGUUGAAAAAAGAUGAUUAUUCUUUAGAUUAUAAAUCUUCAACAAGACAAGAUAUCAUGCAAUUGUUGGAAAGUGCUGGGUUCUCCAAAUCAAAUCCUUAUUAUAUUGUCCCACAAGGUCGUAUAACGUCUUUAACUAAUGCAAAAGAUGUUGAAAGAUUAAAUUUAUUAAAAGAAGUUGCAGGUGCUAAAGUUUUUGAAAACAAAUUAAAAGAAAGUACUAAAGAAAUGUCUAAAACUAAAAAUCAAAGAGAUAAAAUUGAUGAAAUGCUUGAAUUUAUUGAAGAAAGAUUAUCUGAUUUAGAUUCUGAAAAGGAAGAAUUGAAAAAUUUUCAAAAUUUAGAAAAAGAUAAGAAAAUUUAUGAAUUUGUACUUUAUGAUAGAGAAUUGAAUGAAAUAUCUAAUUCAAUUGAACAAAUUGAAUCAGAAUACCAAAAUGGGGUUGAUGAAUCACAAAAUUUUGUUUUAGAACUUGAAAAAAGAGAAACUUUAAUUUCUGAAAUUGAAUCAGAUAUUGAUUCUGCUAAACAAAGUUUAAAAUUAUUAAAUAUUGAUCGUAAUGAACAUUCUGAAAAUUUUGAAGAAGUUUCCAAAAAAAUUUAUGAUAUUAAUGCUAAUUUAGUGGAAAUUAGAAAUAAUUUAAAUAAAUAUAAUAAAACUCAAACUAAUAUUGAAAAACAAAUUAAAAUUGCAAAAGAAAAAAUAAAAUCUCAUGAAUCAAAAGUUUCUGAAAAACAACCAUAUGUUUCCAAGUUAAAAAAUCAAGAAGCUCAACUAGAUACUCAAUUAUCUAAUUUGAAAACAAAACAAAAUUUAUUAUAUUCUAAACAAAAUCGUUUUUCAAAAUUUAAUUCUGUUGAAGAACGAAAUCAUUGGUUAAAUAAUCAAAUUCAAGACUUAUCUGGGAGAAAACAAGGUUCAAUUAAUCAAAUUAAUAGUGGUACUCAACGUUUAACAGAAUUAUCAAACAAGAUCCAAAAUUUAGAAGCAUCAAUUACACAAUUACAAGAUUCUAUAAAUGGUGAUUCAGCCCAAGAAGAAACAAAUAAAAUUGAAAAUCAAUUAAUGGAAUUGAGAAGACAAUUAAGUAUGGAAAAUGAUUCUAGAAAAACUUUAUGGAAAGAUGAAGCUCGUUUUAAAGCUAUUUUAGAAUCUUUGGAAGAUGAAUUACGUAAAGCUACAAGACAAGUUAGUCAAACUAUGGAUAGACAACAAAGUCAAGGUUUAGAAGCUGUUAAACGUAUUACUUCAAGAUUAGGUCUUACUGGUGUUUAUGGUCCAUUAGGUGAAUUAAUUGAAGUUAAUGAUAAAUAUAGAACUGCAGUGGAAGUUGUUGCUGGUAAUUCAUUGUUCCAUGUUGUUGUUGAUAAUGAUGAAACAGCAAGUACUCUUAUGGAUGAAUUAGUUAGAGAAAGAGCUGGUCGUAUAACAUUUGUUCCCUUAAAUAGAGUUAGACCUCAAGAUGUUACAUAUCCAGAUUCAAAUGAUUGUGUUCCAUUAAUUAAAAAAAUUGGAUUUGAUCCUGAAAUUGAAAAUGCCGUUAAACAAACUUUCGGUAAAAGUAUUGUUGCUAUAAAUUUAGAAAGAGGUUAUGAAUUAUCGAGACAAUAUAAAUUAAAUGCUAUUACUUUAGAUGGUGAUAAAGCUGAUAAAAAGGGUGUUUUAACUGGUGGUUAUCAUGAUUUUAAAAAAUCAAGAUUAGAAUCAAUGAAGAUUAAACAAGAUAAAUUUAAAGAAUUGAGAGAUGAAGAAAAGGGACUUUUCCAAGUGAAAACUGAAAUAACACGUAAAGAUCAAUUAAUUUUGAAAAUUAAUGAUAAUAUGAAGAAAGUUUCUAAUGAACUUGAAAAUCUUCAUUCUUCAAAACAACCUUUAAAAUCAAAAUUAUCAAAUUUAUUAAAUGAAAAAUUUAAAGCUAAUGAUGAAAUUAAAUUAUUAAAAGAUCAAUUGGUUCAAUUGGAAAACUCUAAAACUAAUUUAACUACCAAAAUUGAACAACUUCAAAAUGAAUUGAAUUCUAAUUUUGAAGAAGGUUUAUCAUCACAAGAAAAAAUUGAAAUUUCAAAUCUUUCUAAACAAAUUUCUGAACUGGAAAUUAGAUAUAAUAAAGUUGCUGAUGAAUUAUUAACACAUGAUACCGAAUUGAAUAAUUUGAUUGUUGAACUUGAAGAAGAAUUAGUCCCACGUUAUAAUGAACUGGUUAAAGAACAAGAAAAAACAAACCAAGGAAGUUUAGAUAAUGAUCUUCAAAAUCUAUCACAAGAUCUUGAGAAUCUUGAAGAGCAUAAAGCUUCUGUUUAUGAGGAAUUGAAGAAAGUGGAACGCCAUAUUAAAGAUACAGAAACUCAUUUGAAAAAGAAAGAAGAAGCUUUAGACAAGGCCAAUGAUCAACAACGUAAAUUAAUUAGAAAUGUUGAAAAUUUCCAAAAAAGUUCAGAAAAAUACUUAUCCAAAAAAUCAUUACUUUCAAGUAGAAGAGAAGAAACACAACGUAAAAUUAGAGAACUAGGUGCAUUACCAGAAGAAGCUUUCCAAGAGUUUGAGAAUUUGAGUUCUGGACAAUUAUUACAAAAAUUGAAUAAAGUUACUAAAAAUCUUGAAAAAUUCAGUCAUGUUAAUAAAAAAGCACUUGAACAAUAUUUAAGUUUCACAAAACAACGAGAUGGUUUAGUUGAUCGUCGUAAAGAAUUAACAAAAUCUGAAUCAUCAAUUGAUGAUCUUAUUAAUGUUUUGGAAACAAGAAAAGAUGAAGCAAUUCAAAGAACUUUCCAACAAGUUUCAGCAUCAUUUACUGAAGUUUUUGAAAAAUUAGUUCCAAGAGGUAUUGGUAAAUUAAUUAUGCAACAAAGAGAUAAGAAUGCUCCUUCUUCACAAGCUGUUGAUGAAGAUGGUGAUGUUGAAAUUGAUGAAGAUGAAGAAAAUGGUGAUUCAAUAAUAGAUAACUACAGUGGUAUUUCAAUUCAAGUGUCAUUUAAUUCAAAAGAAGACGAACAACAACGUAUUGAACAAUUAUCAGGUGGUCAAAAAUCACUUUGUGCUAUUGCUUUAAUUUUAGCUAUUCAAAAAUCAGAUCCAGCACCAUUUUAUCUUUUCGAUGAAAUUGAUGCAAAUUUGGAUACUCAAUAUAGAACAGCUGUUGCUAAUAUGAUUCAUGAAUUAAGUCAAAAUGCUCAAUUUAUUUGUACAACUUUUAGACCUGAAAUGUUACAAGUUGCUAGUAAAUUCUUUGGUGUUAUGUUUAAUAAUAAAAUCAGUACUGUUAGUGAGAUUAAUAGAAGUGAUGCUUUGGGUUUUGUGGAAGGUCAACAACAACGUGCUUGA